AUGGUGUAUAAUUUCCCUCUCCCGACGACCUCGCAUCUCGCAUACCACAACUACAUCUACUCCAACACGCACCCUUCUCUUCCGCAAGCUGCUUCAACCGCACGACACUCACUCCGCGUCGCACUCAAAGCACACAAACGACUAACACCCCGCGAGCGCGAAAACAACCUUCAAAAUGUCCUCGCCGCGUUGAACGAAUACAUUCCCUAUCUCUUCGCCAUACACGAUGGCCUGAGCGGGAAAAGCAGCAGCAGCAACAACAAACGCGGGGAUGAGGGGGACGUUGUCGACAUCACGCAAAAGGAGGAAAUCGCCGUAGAAUGGCGGCCGAUAUUAUCCUCCAACCUGGCCCUGCUCAGAGCCGGAGGAAGCAACGGCGCACGAGUGCUGCGCGGCCAGGGCAUUGACUUUGAGAUCGCCUUUGUGAUCGGGACGCUGGCAUACGUGCUCUCGGGUCUGGCACGCGUCGGCGUGUUGCGCACGCUGUAUGCGUCCUCGACGCCUUCAGCCGAGCAGCGCACGGCGGCUGUCCAGAACGCGACGAAGCAAUUGCUUCAAGCCAGCGCGGCGCACUCGCUCAUCGCUCGGUCUCACACGAGCACAGAAGCCACCCAGAAUAUCCCGCAACUCAACACAGCCGUGCAGACUGCACUUGCAUCGCUGGCACUCGGCGAGGCAACUCUACUGGCGGUUUUGAAGGAUGAUGCGUACACUUUUUCCUGUAUACAAUCCCGCAACCCGGACGACAAGGAGUGGAUGGUGCGCGCGCCUGAGAUUCCCAAAGUCAGGGCUGUGGUUUUUGCACGGCUCUGCCUGCGUGCUGCCGAGUAUGCUGAACAGGCGGCAGCUGGCCUCGGAGCUGCAGUGAGUGGAAAGGGCCGAGGCGAGAAGUCGAUGCUUGUCAAGGUGGACGAAGACCUGAUAAAGUAUGCACAAACGACCGCCAAGGUUGCCAGGGCAAAGGCCUGUCGGUUCUUCGGCAUUGAUGCUGAACUAUCCGGCAAGACUGGCGAAGGUAUUGCGUGGAUGAGAGCUGGCAAAGACGCGUUGGGGAUUCGGAGGGUAGAGGGAGAGGCUACUGGGAAAGGGGGCACGUUGUCAAAGCUGAAGAAAGGCUGGACAGAUCGUCGGGACGAGCGCAAGUUGGAAAAGAGCAAUGCAGAAAGUACUGUUGUGCACGGCGGCGAGCUUGGUCGGGGGGAUGACGCUGGCUGGGAAGAGGAGGCCCGGGUUAUUGAGAUAUUGGAGUCGAAGUGGGUGAAGAUGAACGAUACGGUCAUUACACAGGUUGUACCGCCUUCUGAACCUCUACUUUCUAACAUGCCGUCUGGGCGAGAUAUUCACCGUCCGCCCGGCGCCUACACGCCUCCGUCGCUGGACGCAGCCCAGCUGGCUCGCAUGCGUGCUCCGCCAGACGAAGCCGAGCAAGAAUUAGCCAGUCUAGCUGUCGAAGACGAUAGCGACGACGGAGUCAGUCCGUCGAGCGAGAGAGUACCACCGGGGACAUUUCCCGGUACGAGUUCUGCAACAGCCGAGAGCGAUUACUUUUGA